AUGAUCAAUCACAGCCUUCACAGCAGGAUCAAUACUGAUCACCUGACCCGAAAAGCCAUCGUCUAUCUGCGUCAGUCGAGCUUAACUCAGGUCAAACACAAUAUCGAAAGCCAGCACCUGCAAUACGCCUUAGCUGAUCGCGCAACCGAGUUGGGUUUUAACCGGGUCGAAGUGAUCGAUAAAGACCUCGGUGCCAGUGCGUCAUCGGGCUCGCGCGAACGCCCAGGAUUUCAACAACUGUUGACCAGCGUGGCGCUUGGCGAUGUUGGCAUUAUUCUAAGCCGUGAGCUCUCGCGUUUGUCCCGCACCGAUAAAGACUGGUGCCACUUGAUGGAGAUAUGCCAGCUCUUCAAUACCCUGAUCGGCGAUGAGCAGACUGUGUACGAUCCCAGUCAAUUCGAUGAUCAGUUGGUGCUGGGUAUCAAGGGCACGAUCAGCGCCGCCGAACUCAAUAUAUUGCGCUUGCGCCUGCAGCAAGGCAAAGAAGCCAAGGCUCGGCGUGGCGAACUGUUCACGACCGUCGCACCGGGCUUUAUCCGCGAUGGCGAUGCGAUCAUUAAAGACCCGAAUCGGCGCGUACAGGACGCCAUGAUGCUGAUAUUUAACAAAUUCCAGGCACUCGGCAGUAUCCGCCAGACCUAUGGUUGGUUCAUGGAGAACCAGAUUGAACUGCCGGUGAAUAAAUCCAUCGGCGGACAGAUCCAACUGGUGUGGAAGCUACCGGCACAGACCUUUAUUCCCAGCGUAUUGCACAAUCCCAUUUAUGCGGGCGCCUAUGUCUAUGGGCGUCGCCCCACCGAAAAGGUGCUGGAACAGGGAGAACUUAGAAAGCGACAAGCCGCGAUUCUUCCGCACGAUCAGGCAAAAGUCUUUAUCCAGAAUCACCAUGAAGGGUAUAUUAGCUGGGCAAGCUAUCUUCGGUUUCAGCGUAUGAUCGACAACAAUGGUACGAACUUCCAGCCGGAUGAAUCUAUCCUGGCUGUUCGGCAAGGGCAUGGGUUGCUCACGGGUCUAUUGCGCUGCGCGCGUUGUGGACACAAGCUCCAGGUGCGCUAUUGGGGCAAGCAGGGGACGACACCGAGGUACUUGUGCCAUGGUGACUAUCAAAGCGCAGGACGCUACUGUAUCGGCUUUGGCGGGAUGGCGGCAGAGCAGAGAAUCGCCGACGAAGUGCUCAAGCGCAUCACGCCCGAAGGCGUCGCCGCGAGCCUGCGGGCAGUCGAGCAACUUGAGAGCCAUCGCAGCGAUCAUCACAUCGCAUUGCAAAGACAAUUACAACAAGUGGAAUAUGAAGCACAGCGGGCCUUCCUGCAAUAUGACCAGGCUGAUCCCAGCAACCGUUUAGUCGUCGAUACCCUGGAGCAACGCUGGAACGAAAAACUGGAAAAAGCCGAACAAGUCAAAAAUACGCUCAAUGCCGCACAGGUAGCACCACAAACGCUCACCGAACAGGGCAAACAAUCGAUACUUGCGCUCGGCCAAGACUUUGCCGAUACCUGGCAUCGAGCCGAAAGUCCGGUGGCGCUCAAAAAGAAAAUCAUAAGAUGCUUGAUCAAAGAAAUCAUCGUCGAUAUCGAUAAAGAAAAGCAACUUUUGAGUUUUAUCAUUCACUGGCAAGGCGGCAGUCAUACCGAUUUGAUUAUCCCAAGGCCCCUGCCCGCCAACCAGGGGCACAAAACAAAAGCGGAAGAUCUUGAGUUGAUCCGAAAGAUGGCGAUAAGAUAUAACGAUGCCGAAAUCGCUAUGGUGUUAAGCAGGUUGGGCAGGAAAACUGGCAAGGGCAAGCGCUGGAGUCAAUCAAGUGUACGUACUAUCCGAACAAAGCAGGGUAUUAAAGCAGCGCCCAAACGAGAAGACGAUGGCAUCCUCAACCUGGUGCAAGCGAAAGGUUAUUGUGGG